UCACCCUUGCUGUGUGUAAACAUUUAAGCGGCUCUAAGCGUUUCUGGGAAAAAAAAGAAGGAGGUUAAACCGACUGCAAACACGAGGGAUUCUGCAUGUCACGGAGAUGUCUGCUGCUUUGAAAUAACUUUACCUCCUCGAUAAAUCGUUUUUUAUUAUUAUUAUUAUUAUUAUAUUUUUUCUGCCAUAACCCCGGUGCUGCUAUUGACAAGGCGAAACGGGAGAUAAGCCUACAUCGUUUUUGUGUGGUCUGGAUCAAACACGGUUCUGUUAGUUGUUUAUUUUUGGAUUUAGCCAUUUCAUUCCAUUUGCACACCAAGUGUGUCGUUUGCUUUCUGUCCUUUUUGGGAUGUACAAUCGUCGUUGGUUGUUUUAAACUUAGUUCUCCCUCCACUGAGCUCCCCAAGUGCCUGCAACUGGGUUUUUGGUUCUAAACCUCCAGUAGUGUGAGGGUUAACUAAAGGCAAACCUGCCAGCGUACGGCGGAGCAGCUCGGAGCCACAGACCCGCAUUCGUGCACCAUGAGCCAGGCGGAUAUAUCCACUUGCUCCGCGCCUCAGAGGGUCUUCCAGGAGGCUGUGAAGAAGGGCAACACGAAGGAGCUUCACUCGCUGCUGCAGAACAUGACCAGCUGCGAGUUCAACGUGAACUCCUUCGGGCCAGAGGGGCAAACAGCGCUGCACCAGUCGGUCAUCGACGGCAACCUGGAGUUGGUCAAACUGCUGGUCAAAUUCGGGGCAGAUAUCCGGCUGGCUAACAGGGAAGGGUGGAGUGCUUUGCACAUCGCCGCUUUUGGAGGACACCAGGACAUCGUUUUAUACCUCAUCACCAAGGCAAAGUACUCCUCCGGCGCCAGGUAAACCUUGGCAAACAAAUAAGCAACAGCAAAAGAGACAAGUUCCUGUUUAAACCCGUAUCUUUCCUUGCUCUGCCAAAUUGACAGACUAUGGCAAAACCAAAUGGAGGGGGAGGGCUGGGGUGAAUGGGCCUUUAACAAACUACAUGGUCACAUCUGACAAUAUACAGACAGCAUGGAAGAAAUGAACAUGCAUAUAUUUUUGUGCGUUGGUACUAAAGCUUUUCGUAUGUGUGCGUGAAUGUGUAAAACAUCAGACUGGGACUCCGAACUGAACUCUAGGGGGCAGAUGCUUGUUGCGAGCCGUGCUGUAUCUGAAACGCGUUGAUUUUCGCUUUCCCUACCCGUUUUCCGACAAGCCCCGCCCACUAUGCGCUGGGAUUGAGCAGUAAGACCUUGCGUCCUGCGCUGUACUCAAAAGAAGCCCACUGUUCUAGACGCUUCUACUAGCCAAUCGUCGCGCAGGGAGGGCGGGACCUGCCGGAAUACGGGCGGGGAAAAAAUAACGCCUCUGAAACGUGCUUUAGGCUUGGAGGCGUUGAUCUGUUGCUCAGCUGUUUCACUAGUAUGACCAUUACUGAAAUAUUUAGAGGAAAAAUAUUUAAAAAGAUGGCACUUGAGGCUGUAUGCUGGAAUAUUUGAAAUUUUGAAAGGGAAGAGGUAAUGUCUAGAAUGAAGGCCAUCCUUUAUUUGGCUAAACACUGUUUUUAAAAAGCAUUUUUAAGCUUUUUCCAUCAAUCAGAACACAUUUUGGCAUUUUGUUUCAAAAAGGCGUUAUUAUAUCCAAUGCUUUUUAAAAGUAUGUAAUCUUGAUAACAGCAAGUGACUUAAUGAUGUUAAGUACUGUACACAAUAGCUUUACUGUGUUUUCUUUGUAAGAGUAGUCCAAUGCGCCCUGCAGCUUUCAGGCUAAUGUGUUACUAAAAAAACAGCUGCUUUUGCUUUGUAUCAGGAAAAGUCACAUUUGGAAUACACUUUAUAAUCUUCUCUCAGUAUUUUUUUAUUAUUAACACCCUGGUCAUCACUGUGAAUACAGGCUGGGUUUUGUUCUAUUUAUGAAGGUACAUUGAGAUAAUACAUUUAAAUUAUGUUGUGGUUGUUAUUUUUUUUUUUUUUAAGAAAUAAGAUCUCUUAGCCUAAGGAAACGCGGUUAGGGUGAACUAAGCUGCUCUGGAUUCAUAGUGGCCUAAAGUCCCGUGGUGGAGAUUCAGCCUCACAUAGCUGCCUGUUUCUCAUUCUCAGUCCUCUUUUUUCUCCCUACUGUAUGUUUGGAUCUCUAUAUCAGCUACCUCGACUUUAAAGUGUUCAACCAGUUUUUAAGCCUACUGAUUCUUCUAGGUCCUUCUGUAGGACCUGACCUCCUCUCCCUUUCCCACUUCGGAGCCUCUCAGAAGCACAGACCCUAAAAAAGUCAACCCUUUAGAUGGGCAUAGCAUAGGCUGAUGAUUUAAUUUGCUGUUUCCCCCACAUUGCCAUCACCUUUUCUCUCAAUCUUCACUCGGGACAUUUUCCAGCAACCAAAAUUAGGCUUAGAUGUACUGGUUCAUCAAAACAUGGUUAUAGUGUCAUUUUAUUUUUCCUUUUGCAAAAGCAUGGUGGACAUGUCAUAAAUGUCUGUCUCUGCCGAAUGCUUAUUUGUGCGUUUUGCAUUUUUUGUUUCUUUUUUUUUAAAUGGAGUUACAAAAAAGUGGACUGUUAAUCGCAUGAAUAUUAAUGCAGGGAGUUUUGUUGCACAAAAUAAUGUGGAGCCUUUUAUGCCCCCUAGUGCCUGGUCGGGUAACUGCAGGAGCUGAGGCUUAAGAAGAGUUACUACUGAGCAGGACUAUUAACCUAAAGUUUUAUUGAGAAGACUGUUCUGUUGCAUGACUGUUGCAGGGGAAAAACAUCUUCAGAUUCAUUGAGAAAAGAGACCUACCUGCCUUUAAGAGUCAUAGCACCCUGAUGUUUAUUUCAAUGCUGCUUUUAUGUAAGUUGAAUUUUUGUUUUUUUUUCUUUUAAACAAUAGCCAACAGUGAGUGAAAGAGGACAAAUAUCAGUUAGAUUCAUUUGAAUCGAAAGUCUCCUGAAUGCAGUGUGUGUAUGUGUGCUAGUGUGUCUGUAUGAGCAAUGGAAAGCGAGAGAGAGAGAGAGAGCGAGUGAGUCUUGCAUGCAUACCACUGUUUAACUGGUUAUUGCUUGUCUAGCCCCUUGAAAAGCCCUGGUUAGACUAAGAACUUGUUUUAUACCUGGAGUAACAACAGAGGCGAUAUACACCAUCGACGAUUGGUAUAAAGAGAAUAAAUAUGCAUCGCAUGUCUUAAACUUGAUAUUUUUACUCUUUUUGAAAAAAAAGUUGCACUGAUGACUGUUGUUUUGUUGACUUCAUGUCAACAUUUUAUUUUUUUCUAAAUAGAAAAACAAGGAACACAACAAAAUACUAUUGUAUAAAAGCUCCAGGUUAUAUUGUCUAUUUUGUGUGUGUUACAUUACAUUUGCAAAGAGGCCUGUAUCUCUAUGCUUGGGUGUACUUGUGUGUGUGUUUAUAUAUAUAUAUAUAUUAUAUAUAUAUAUAUAUAUAUAUUAUUUAUAUAUAUGAAUAUAUAUAAACGCUGAAAUCCCAGGGCACUUUCUUUUUUGAAGUGCUCUCCUGAUGCUAAGAAAGGGGAAUAAUACAUUUGAUGGUAAGAUCAUUGUAACAAAAAUAAAAAAAUUGCACGAUGUAUGGUUGUUUCACUCCAUUUUUGUCAUAACAUUUAUGACACUGGGGGUGGAACAGCUCGCUAGGUGUAAGUGAAUGAGUAGAUUGCUGUUUUUUUUCUUUUCUUUUUUUUUGUGGACCAAGUUCUGUUUCGUCUUGUGUCUCCAGUGAACAAAACGUUUUCAGUUUUGAGUGAUGCGAAUGUUGUUUGGUUUUAGCUUUUCUUUUUGUAUGUCAGUUUUGUUUGUGUUUGUGUGUCUGU